AUGUCUGGCAACUUUGAAAGACAGUUACAAGCCGACCUCCAUCUGUUCAAGAGCGAGGGAGGCCGCAAGUUUCCGAAGCUUCGAGAUUGUGCAGAACGAGCAGAUCGCUACCUCCGCGAGCUGAGCGAGGGGGGGGCGACCACGGAUCAGGAGUUUGCCACAGCGUUGAGGCAAGUCGGCGAGAUUCUGAAUCCUGGGCUGAUAGCGAUAGAGACGAAGAAUGCAAAGUUCAUGUCCAUGGGGUGGGGUUAUAUUACUCGACUCGCCAUGUACGAUGCGAUAGAGCGCGAAGCUUUCACCGCGGUGGGUCAGGCCAUGAAGCAGGCGUGCGACAGCCAUGGCGAUGAGAAUGUUCAGCUACGCGUCUUGCAGUGUAUCACUGCAUCCAUGCAAGCUCCGACGCUCCUGUCCUCUCGCCAGGCUGUCUGCACGCUGGUGGAGAGUAUCCUAUCUUUGUACCAUAACAAGAGCGCGACGAUCUCAAAUACUGCUGCUGCAACAUUGAGGCAGAGUGUGUGUACCUUGUUCGAGUUUGCCUGCCAUGCCUCGGACCCCGCGUCGUUUGCGCAGGAUGAACAAGACGGUGAAAAAGUUGAGCUAGAUGGCAACCAAGACCUGCAGGCAGAGCCAGACAAGUCCCGCACGAGGGGAGAGCUGCACAGAGCUGCGGUUCUCCUUGCGGCAGAGAGCAUCGCAAACGCUUGCACGAUUCUGCAGGAGCUCGGGGUGCUAGCAGGAGGAGAUCCGUCCAAGGUGUUGAACAUCAAGACACAUGCAAACAUCGACCUGCUCUGCCUUGAGGUCAUCGACGCCGUUCUCCGAGCUCAGAUGCCCUUCUGCUUGACGCACAGCAGCGUGCUCGGAGUACUUCGAACCAGCACCUGCCCGAUGAUCGUCAAGAAGUUGCAGAAGUGCAUGGGAGCAGGGAACAGGAAGGAGCAGAAGUUCAACUACUGCAUCAGAACCUUCCGCAUCGCAGGAGCCAUCGUCUCAUCGCACCACCAGGCUCUCCUCCUCGACAUCUCCAACAUCAUCUUCGUCAUGACCCACAUCAUCACCACUGAUCUUCCUGCCUGGCAGCAGCACCUUGCCCUCGAGACCCUGAGGACGUUCUCCCUCCAGCCCCAAUUUCCUCCUGCUAUGAGCGGCCUCUUCCAAGUCCCGUGCAGCAACCUCGCAGAGGAGGGCCCGGGAGGAGACCAAGGCAGCAACAUGCUCCUGGAGAUGAUCAAGGCGCUGGAGAGGAUCGUGCGGAAGGUGCUGGGAUCUUUGUCACAGGGAGAGGCCGCAAACUCGACAGGAGGGCAGCCAGCGCGAGUGCAGCUGGAGGGGAUCGAGCCAAUGACGGGCAAGCUGAAGUUGUAUGACAUGCUGGGGCAGGUCGGCCCUGAGCUUCCCCCUGGAGUUGGGAGCGAGCUGGCGUUGUUUGAGCUGGCCCUCCUCGUGCUGUGUGACGUGGCAAAGACGAUCGGGAGCAUGACGGGAGUCGUCCGUCACGUCGACUUCCCCCACAGCCUCGCGGGUCACCCGCGUUGCAACUCGGAGGUGAUGAUGCAGAACGUGCAGGAGACGCGGAGGAUGGUGGAGCUCACAUGGCAACACCUCCUUCCUGGGCUCCAGCUCGGCAUGAUCAGCGUGCAGUCGACGGCCUUCUUGGAGCCGCUCAUCGACGCCUACGUCUCCUACACGCAGGCGUGUGCCGUACUGCAGAUGGUGGGCCCUCGAGACAAGGCCCUCGCUCCCCUGUGCCGCUCUGCUCUGCCAGGAGGAGCACCUGACGGGUCGGCGGUGCCUCUCCAUCCCCACAACAUCCUCAUCACGAAGGCCCUGAUGCUGCUGGUCUUCGACAUGGGCGGCGUGCUGGGGGACUCGUGGAGCAUGGUGCUGGAAGUGCUCCAGAGGCUGGACUCGGCCCUCAUCGAGCGAGGCCUCCUCCCCGAUAACCCGGGGAGAGGAGAAGAUCCGCCCAAAGUGCUCGCGGAAGGAUCGUGGAGCGAGGGGAGGAUGGAGGCAGAGCUAGUCAAGCUCCGCCUGUACCUGGACAUGAUGUUCGAGCAGACGGACCAGCUCGACGACGAGGCGAUAGUCGUCCUCCUUGGGUGUCUGUGCCGCGUCAGCAUCAGCUCCAUCUCGGGCUCCCGUCCUGACAUCGUUGGGGCGAACGCGGCGGGGAAGGGAGAGAAGAUGUUCGGCAUCGACAAGGUCAUCGUGGUCAUGCUCAACAACCUGCAGAGGAUGGGGAGGCUGUGGGAAGCUGCUGCUGCUGAGCUCUCCCGCGUCGCCCUCCACAACCGCGCGACCGUCAGGCGUUACGGCAUGACAUGUAUAACGGAGCUCAUGAUCGCUGCCUUCAAGAACCGAGCUGGACGCCAGCCCGGGUCUCCCUCCACCCCGAGCACCCCGCAGAGCCCAGCACCCGGGCAUCACGACGACCCCGCAAACUUUGACAUGGAGCGGCGGAUCCUGGCGGUGUACGAGGAGCUGUACCGCAGCCCGUGGGCAGACACCAAGAAUUACGUGCUGGAGGGCUUGUACCAGCUGCUCCUCUCUUGCGGGGAGGACGUGGGCCCGGCAUGGCCGCUAGUUCUCGCGCUGCUCAAGGGAGUCGCGCAGGAUCAGGAGGAGCAGCUUGUCCGAAACGACUUCCUGUCUGCGCUGCCAGUCGACUGCCUGCAGCUGCUGCUAACGACGAUCGGAGCGUACGGGUGUCAGGGGUCAGACCUCAACAUCUCCCUCACCGCCAUUACCCUGCUGUGGAACAUCGCAGACUUCUUCGGCAGAGAGCGUCCUGCCCUCCUUGCGGCCUUCUCCGAGGUCGAUUUUCAUCCUCAAGUCCCUCGUCUUUCCGUCUCCGAUGACGGUGAGCUCGUGAGCGAAGCAGACGACCUGGAGGAGGAAGCUCGACUGUGGCAUGCAACCUGGGAAACUGCUUUCCAAGGAGUAGCGAGGAUGUUCCAGAUCUACUUUCACGUCCUCCGCUCCUUGUCCUCAGCCGACGCUGCUUGGCUAUCCUUCAUGUCUCACCUCGAGUCCGCGAUCCUCAGUGGAUCACAGAAGGUUGCGAGCGCAUCCUUAAUUUCUAUGAGGGUCAAGCAGCUGCCCCCGAGCAUGUGGAGCCUCUGCUGGGACACGCUGGAGCGCUCGGUGGAGCGAGCUACUGCUGACAUGGCGACGCAGAUCAAGAUCGUGCGAGAAGUGAUCGGGAUGUUGACGUGUCUGCAAGACUCUGACAGUGUGAGGGAGACCGGGCUGCUAAAGCAGAACAACCUUUGCAGUUUGAUCCGCAUGCAGGACCAGCUGCUGUGUGCCAUGUUUGCGAGUGAGAGCUCAAGCACGAACUACUCUUGGGAGGAGAGCACGCGUCCUCCUGCUACAUCCUCCUCCUCCUCUCCCUCCUCCGACGCUCUUGUGCGGGCGAGUCUGAACAGAAUCGUCGAUCUCUUCGUGGAAGCUUGUCCGCCUCCCGUCCAGGCGCAAGUCAUCGCAGAGCUCGCUCCUCGCCUGCUCCUUUCCAUGUGCUCCAAAUUUUCCUCCUCCUCCUCGCCUGCCGCAUGGAAGGGUGCGGCACAGGCCUUCAUGAGCGUAUGCAGUCAUGGCUUAUCUUCACUUAACCUCUCCGAGUCGAUCGCCAAGGAAGAGAAGAUUGCUCUCUGGCUGAGAACAUGCGCGGGCAUCAAAUCCUUCCUGCUUCCUUCUGAGCGAGAGCUGCAAGCUCCCGCCAUGGAGUCGCUGGAGCAGGCGCAGGAGAACGAAGUGCUUGAUAUCCAUCUCGCACAGGUGGAGGAGCAGCUGCUUUCGAUCCUCAGCGAGAUUGUCUCUACCCUCCUCUCCAUCCCCAUGAGCCCCAUGGGACCAUCUACUCGUUCCUUCAGGUUCUACCUGGCCGAGCACUGCCUGGGUUUUCUCUUCGAUCUCUCCUCCUCCUCUUCUACCGAGGAAAUUUCCCGCCAGUGGGAAGAAGGAGAGGGGGUGGAGGAGGUUCGGAUACCCGAGGAGAGGAGGCUCAGCAUCGCCAAGCUCGCUGCUCCCAUGCUCGUCUCCGCCUGCCGCCACAUCUUGGAGGAGUACGUCAAGGAUGAGUCCGAGGCUUCUUCUUGUCCCCUCCCCCGCGCAAGGACCGAGCAAGUCGUGGGCGCCGCUCGUCGUCUGCAGGGGCUCGAGCUUGACCCGGAAGUCAGUCAACAUCUCUAUCAUCAAAUGUACAUAAGGAAUCAGCUUACUGGCUCCGACAACACUACCGACAGCAUCACGGAGGUGCAGGUUGGAAGGUCGAGGAGACGAGCGCAUCUUCUGCUCCUCUUCGAGCCCAUGUGCAAGUGCAUUUCAUCCAACAAUCCGAUGCUGAGAGACAGCUUGCGGUCCAUGCUGGAAAUGGUGGGAAGGGAAGUUGGAAUUGGGGAGUGCGCAGCAAUGUUGGUAGGAGGAGCAGGAGCAGGAGCAGGACAUGCGCAGUAAGGGGAAGAAAUUCUUGAAAUGUAGAUGAAAGUGAAGGAAAACCUUU